AUGUUGUUUAACAUUUUACUAUUUCCUCUGCUUCUCGUACAAGCUCCUUCGCCUGAAGCUAAGGUAAGUAGCUAUAACUAAAUCAUCAGUUGUUUAUCAGUCUAACUGCAAGGUAUAAAGGAAUGAGUACCUUUUUUAAAGAAGAAGAAUCUGGUCCGACAACUUUUCAAUACAAUGCCGUUGAAACAGUAACAGGGAGAAAGGCUUUCGCGUGAAAAGCAAACAAAUCUGUAACGGACGAAUUUUAAUGUUGAGUUUUCGGAGAACACGUAAUUUUAAAGCCUGCAGUCUGAAAUAUUACUUGCUGCUGAUAAAUAUUGAGAUGCUACGUGCCAAGCAUUAUAUAAAAGCCCAGCACUUCUUUAAAAAUGAUACCUGCUUUUGAAUUAAGACAUUUAGACAUUUAGACAUUUCGCGCCAAGAAAACACAGUUCGUUGAAGUUUGGUAUCUGUAUCAUAAGCAGCAAAAAUCAGUUUCUAGCUCGGCAUUGAAGCAUUAAUAAGCAAGUACCAUUUAAUAGUAUAGAGAGAAAACUAUAUUGUGAAACAAAACUGUCGUCAAGUUCCAUGUCGUAUCCUGCUUUGAAAAAUGUGACCAAGAAUUUGUCAUCCUAAUCUCUUAACAAAUAAUUCUAAUGCCAGUAGACGUAAAACUUACCUUUGUGUCGCAAACAAUACCAUAAACAACGUAUUAACAAGAAAAUUAGAAUGUUAUUACAAAAAGUAACAAAAAAUGCAUUCGGAAAAUUUGCUAGACAAUACACUUACAUUUACAUUUUUGAAUAAUUUGUCUUCUGUAUUAAGUACCCAAAAACUCUGAAAAGCAGAAAUUCUCUGAAAGGAGUUGUAAUAAUAUGCGUGGGUUUCAAAUCGUUGGAAAUGAUUCUGAUUUCAUAUGCAUUCCUCUAAAACUGACGGCCCCUCCUUGUGGGUUUCACGCCUCGCAAAAAAUGCAGAAAAAUCAGUGAUCUAGAAAUCCGACUAUGAGACACUGUAUGAAUUUUUUUAGCCGCUUUUAAAGUUGGUGCUUGAUUACAUAUUCAAAGGGUGACGGCGAGGCGCACGACAUGUCGAUCAGGCCAAGUUGGUCCGAUUUUAUUUUUCGGCGAAAUAUUGCUUUAUUUUUUCCCCGUCUUCUAGAACAGAUUCUAGUCAAUUGUAGGAUUACCUGUAGCAGUAUGUUCGUUGUUGACCUCGCCUAACCCCAAGGCCUCAUUAUUCUUCCUGGCCUCUGUGCUUGGCUGAGGCGCUAAUGGGGCUUCCCAGUGGUGCCAACAGUCGACCUCUAUGCGCUUUCAAGCUUUGUGGUCCGUUGCCAAAGUACGAAUUUCGAGAGGAAUGGGGGGAUUUUCUGGACCGGAUCAGCUUUGCAGCAUACUCGUGGAAUAGAAUUUGAUGUCCACCAUGUCUUGGUUUACCAAAGGUCCCCCUGGGAGCGCCGAAGACAGAGGCCCAGGAAUCUGGUCUGUCGUGCUUUAACUGAUUGGGAAAGAAGGGCUGUUCCCGUUCUAUCAUAGACUUCCUCGUUGCUAACAUGAUCAGGCCUAUGCGUUUCGGGUCACGAAGACCGAGCGAGUUCGUCUUGGAAACCUGGAUACGUAACCGAAAUGCAUUGACCGAGAAGGCCUGGGAAGACGGGCAAAGUUGUACCCAUUUAUACAACGUCAUUAUUACGGAGCUUAGCAACAGCCACGGCGACGGGUUGCUACGGAAGCGUCACUUAAAAAGUCGCGCUGCUUCAAACUUUAUCGCGCUUAUUCCAUCUCGUCUAAUUCACCAAAUGCUAGCAAAUUUUUUUGACGUUGAAUUCUAACGGACUGUAUCAAAAUUCUGGAAAAGAAAUAGAAAGUCGUUGUCUUGUGUUCACAUCCUGCAAAAAACGUGAAAUUAGAUAUUUUCACGUUGUUGUCGUGCAAUGACGGCAAAGAAAUGUACAAAAAAGCGUGAUGCACGUGCAGAGUUGUUGCUUUGCUUUUUUGUCGUUCUCGUUGAUGUCGCCGUUUUUUAAGAUUUUCUUAAGCUCUCUAUUGUAACAUGGACAACCGACAGUAGUUUCUUGUUAAAUGGGACUGAACACCAUGAUGUCAAGGUCUGAAUCCGCAAGUAGGUGUACUGUGACUUCCCAAACAAUUGAGGUUACAAAGAUGCGAGAUGAUAUACGUGGUUAAUGUCAAAAUAGCGAUUUCUCUGGGUAACUUUUCUUGCUGAAACCUCGAAAGACUUGGAAAUAAUCCUCAUAAUUAUCGUACUGAGUUUUACGAAUCGUCUUUCACGUACUAGCCUUUAUCUUAGCCUUAAGACAAGUUUCGUUUAUUCAAACCUCUUCAGUUUGGCUAAAACUGUUACAAUACGUUACAUACGUAACAUACAAUACGUAUUGUAACAGUUUUAGCCAAACUGAAGAGGUUUGAAUAAACGAAACUUGUCUUAAGGCUAAGAUAAAGGCUAGUGCGUGAAAGACGAUUCGUAAAACUCAGUACGAUAAUUAUGAGGAUUAAAAUCACUUUCUUUCUGCCACAAUUUAUAAGCUAUUUUAUUCCAAUUCACGACAAGAACUAAUAUUUACCAUGCGAAUAGUGGUACAGUGAACCCUGUAUUAAGCGGGACACCCUUGGGGAAUACUGUAGUGUCCGCUUAAUACAGGGUGUCCACCUAAUACAGGUUUCGAUAGAUAAAGUCAUAUGAGGUGUCAAAUGCCAUUCAAAUGAACAGUGGAAACGUUUAGAAUAGUCCUAGAGACUAUGACGAUAUACGUUUGCACUAAUUUCUUUAUCAAAUUGGACCAAUUUGAUCAUAGUACCAAUACAUAGAUUGCAACUCAAAAUUGAAGAAAUCAGAUGAGUGAAACAAGCUCUAUACAAACAAAACGAAAUGGAAAACAAUACUGUACUGAGAAAAUGAUCAAAUAAGUUCGUCAAGUCACGUUUUUUAAUGUAAAAAUCGAAAAAUUUGUGUGUGGGAAUUCGAGGCAAUCUUCACAUUUCCGGUGUCUGGCAUGUUGGGUGGUGGAAUUUGAUUACAAGUGUCCGUUUAAUACGGGUUGGCAACAAUAGAAAUGACCAUUUCAGGUACUUUUUAGGUGUCCGCGUCCGCUUAAUACAGGUGUCCGCUUAAUAAAGGUUUCUUUUAAAGAAAAUAAGGGAAAUAAUUUGGGGACUUCGGCUACCGUCCGCUUAAUACGGUGUACGCUUAAUACAGGUUUCACUGUAUUAAUAGUUUAAAAUGCAAGUUAAUGGUAGCAUGUAUUGUACAUAGUUUAGGAAUCGCGUUUCACUUUGUAACCUCGUGUGUCGUAUCGUUCGGUUCGCUCGCUCCGUGAGUUGUUGUAUUUUUGUAUUUUUCGUGUUUAUUAUGCCUGCUAAGCGCAAAUCUCUUUGCCCUGGCUGCAAGACGCCGAAACAGAACCAUGCCUUCGCUGCCCCGAGCAAGCACUGUGCUGGGCCGCCAGUAGCCUCCCACGCAGGCGUUUUUAGGGGAGGCUCGUUUUUCAUCCCUCCCCACAAACGCCGUUUGUGGGGAGGGACGAAAAACGAGCUCCCCUAAAAACGCCUGCGUGGGAGACUAGGCCGCUAGUCAAGAACGAGAUUCUUGACGACGAAUUAUCAGCAGGCGAGGAGUUGCCGCCUAGCCAGGGAAAAUCUGUUUCUUCGCCUUCGGCCGAGAGCGGCCCGCAAAAGCAACUUGAAUCGCAGCAGCUUCUGUUCUGCACGCGAUGCGGAAUCUGUUCCUGCGGUUGGAAAACCUCACGGCAGAGCAGACGACAAUAAAAAAAAACGAAUGGACGAAAUCUCCGCCCGGAAGGCCCCCCCCUCCCCAAAAAAAGAAAACUCACGAGGAUGCAAGUCGCUGUUCAGGCCCAGGCGCUAGCGAUUCUCUGUUGCCGGUUAAACAAGCACCCAAAGCUCACCAUCUACCGGAAAAAUUCGUCCCAGCCGCCAUCAAUAGUGAGUAUGUGGAUUUUUCAGAGGUAUUAUCUUCUUUAAGCGUUUGACGACCCAAUCAAAGCGAUGAGGGAAUGUUGCGCACACUCUCGGCACUGUCUCGGGCGAGCUAAUCCCUAUUGCGAGGCCUCCAAGCAAGCGUCCCGGUGACUCGUUUGAUGUCUGGUUGCAAGUGCGGACCAAGUACGAGAUGGAAAUUGUUUCUGCACGGCCCGAGCGUUACUUGGAACUGGCAGCCUACCGAGAUACAAAUUGCCAACCGAAAGUUUCGUUGGCCCUUCAUGUAAUUGUUCGACAUACAAACGCGCAUCCAAGCGGCCUCACGCAAGGACGCUCAAGCUCGUCUUGAAGUCUUGGAUACAACCUUGUAUACAACCAUCCUCGACGCUUCCGCUCUUCGCCUCCAUCCAAAGCAAUGCCUUUGCGCUACUGUAAACCAGACUUAAGCCAUCUUUAUAACUUUCAAGAGCUACCUCUUUAACAGCCAAGUGAUCAGCACAAACAUAACGAUCCGGGAGGAGGUUAGGCACUUCCUUAUUUGGCCCGGAAUAGCCGGUUCCAGACUCCAAGAUAGCGCAGUCAUGCAGUUAAAAGUGAUGCGAAAAACGCGCGUUGGUUGUUGACACGCGUCUUAUUUUCGGGUCGCUUGUUUUAUUUUUGCGACGUCCUUAAUCCUAGCACAGGCUAAGCACGGAUAGGUAUAUGCCGCUGAACAGGGAAUGAUUUCCCAUUUCCUGAGUCUUCAGCAGGGUAUAAAUUUUUACCCUCUGAAACGCUUCAAAAUAAGAGAACCCUCACAUCUUAAAUUCACUUUUGACAGGCUUAUCCAAGAGGACUUACAACGUUCCUUGAAAAAAAAGAAUUUCCGUUUGAAGAUGCUAAGUUUGACCCAGAGGCCGCUAUAUCUAUCCAACAACAAGAAGAGUCAGUUCCUUUAAAGCCGGUGUUAAGUGAUGUUCCAAAGCAUUCCGCAGGUCUUAAUAUAUCAGUAGGUAAGAGCUCCAGCAAUACACUCUUUUAUAUUUUGAUAAAGACCAGUUAACGAAUCUCCAUUUAUACCGCUGGAGAGAGCGCCUUGAAAUUAGCAAACUUACAAAGCAAGUUUAAAGGUAAUACGUAAACAGGUAGCGAAGAUAUUGUUCCACAAAGUCGCAAAAUUUUACAAACGUUUGUAGUGUUUUAUGGUGGGAGCACGAACUUGCAAUUGCAUAGGGAAAAGGACACCAGUCGUGACUGGGCGCGUGGAUUGGUGGGUUCGGAGGCCAAACGUAGCCGGAUAUAGCACUCCUGUUGGAGCUACAAUCUUGGACAAAAUAAAAUGGAACAGCAAACCCCCAUCCACCCCCCAAAUCAAGGAUGAAGCCGCGCGAAGGGCAAAAACGCGCCAUUUUCCCAUACUUGAUUUGGGGAGGAGGGGGGUCUAGGUUUUCCAUUUAUUUUGUCCAAGAUUGUAGCCUGUGAGCAAGCUCUUUAUUUGGGGGAGUCGCAAGAAGUCACGCAAGAGCAGCACGCGAAAAGAGACUCGCGGCUCGCCUCGCUCCCCAUACAUGGAGAGCCUGCUAACAGGUUAUGUUGGAGCCAAUUAUUAGUCUCCCUCGCAACCGUUUUUGUCUCGUCACGCAACGCUCCUCCCUUCGCUGUUUGUUGGGGAGGAGCGUUGCGUGACGAGACAAAAACGGUUGCGUUGAACCCGGGCCACAUGUUGGGAGGCGAGCGCUCUCACCACUGCUCCACCCUUGAUCUGAUGACAGAUUCAUCGCUACCGUAAGUUUAUAUUCGACUGACCAUUAAUGACCAAUUUGAUUGAUUAACAGAUACAAACCCCAAAACGCUAAAGGAAACUCCUUGUGGUCCGAGGCCAGCUGCAAUCAAAGUUCCAAAGGAUCCAGCAUAUUUAAACCGUCCUUCCUUCAUCACCCUGUAUCGCUGCAGUGGGGGAUGCCCCAACGCACAGAAUGAUCAUCACUGUACUGUCAGGGCAAAGACCCAAAUUUUGGUCAACGUGUGGAAGAUUCAAGGUGAAAAAAGGGUCGAGACGAAGGUAAACAUGUACAAUCACACACACUGCUCUUGUGACUGUAUCAAGAGCUCAAGUGACUGCCACCCCGACAAACAUGAGUGGAACGUCGGCUCGUGCUCCUGUGAAUGCAAGUCGAACUUAACUGCGUGCGCGUCAAAUCAGCGUAGGAACGCAGCUACCUGCGACUGCGAAUGUGAUGAGACACCUUCUAGCUGCACUGGUUAUGGCAUGACAUGGGACUACACGAAAUGCGGAUGCAGCUGCUCACAAUCUGUUGAAGACUAUUGUCAUAAGUAUAACCAAGAUAUUGAUCCCUCGGACUGCAAAUGUAUCCCCCGUGUCAUUCAAGCUCUCGUUUGA